AUGCCCUCAUCCAAUGUCUCCAUGUCGCAGGAUCCGCUUCCCUCAUUAUCCAGCGGGAUCCCUCCCGCCAAGCCCCGCCGCAGGCGUGAUAAGCCCCAAUUCUCCUGUAACGCGUGCCGUCAACGAAAGUCUCGAUGCGAUCGGCAACAGCCUACAUGCUCCAGCUGUCUCUCGCGGGAUCAGACGUGCGUCUACCUGACAGCUAGGCCCGGAGCAUCCUCCUCGCUGGCCCCGUCCAGCGGGACCUCCGGAGUACAUGAUCGGCUGGUGCACCUGGAGCGUCUCGUGAAGUCGCUGAUGGCCGACGGGAUGGUAUCUCACGCCCAUAAGCCCCAGCAGCCACUGGCCACACCUAAUUCCAGCUCCAGUGGUGAUGUUCGACACGAGUCGGCCAAUGGUCUUGAUACGCAGUCGGACUGCGGAAGCAUGCAGAUCACCAGCUCCGAGCUGCGGUAUGUGGCCAGUGAACACUGGGCGGCCAUCCUGGACAGUAUCGCCGACCUGAAAGCCCACUGUGACUGCGAGAAGCAGAUCUCCCUGGCAGAGACGCCCACUCAGCUCAGUGAAGAGGAACCACCCCACUUUCGCCAUGCUUUGUUGCUGUAUGGAUGUCAUCGCCCCACGUCGCGGGCGGAGAUUAUCGCGGCUCUCCCGCCCAAGGCCGCCGUCGACCGCUACCUCUCGCGCUAUUUCAACUAUCUCGACCUAGUCGCAUCUGGUGAGUCAGGUACUCCAUUUUUCAACCCUUUUGUGCAAUCCUCCGACCGUCUCGAGAUGGAGUAUGAGGCAUUUUGGGCCGACUCCAGUCGAGUGUCCAUCAUAUGGGUUGGUCUUCUGUUCAGCAUGGUGUGUCUGGCGGUGGUGGCGUCGGAUACGACCGACGGGCCCGAAGCGGAGCAGAAAUCCCUCCAAGUUGACCUCUACCGCGAGAAGAUCGUGCAAUGCCUGGUCCUAGGCGAGUAUACAAAGCCGGGACAAUAUGUGCUGGAAACUGUUGUGCACUAUCUCUACAUCGAAUUCGGCAUCAAUCCGGACGCGGAUCGGAACAUCUGGUUUUUGUUAGGAUUGGAAGUCAACCUGGCGAUGCGGAUGGGUUACCACCGCGACCCCAGCCACUUCCCGGGCAUUUCGCCGCUGCAGGGGGAGAUGCGACGACGACUUUGGGCCACCGUACUAACGAGCGAUAUUCUCCUCUCCAGCCAGAUGGGCAUGCCACGGAUGAUCUGUGAUUGGAAGUGCGACACGGCCGAGCCCCGCAAUCUCUACGACAUGGACCUGGACCAGGAGCUGACCCAACUACCGCCGGCACGGCCCGAGACCGAGCACACCACCGCGCUGGGCAUUAUAGCGCGGCGACGCAUGGUCAUCGCGCUGGGCGCGAUCGCCGACCUCGCGGACGCGGUCAAACCGGUCAGUUAUGCCGAGAUCAUGCAAGCAGACAAGGCACUGCAUGACGCCGUGGCCAGCAUCCCCCCGCCGCUCCGCAUCAAGCCGCUGGCGGCAAGCGUUACCGAUUCGCCGCAGGUGAUCAUGUCGCGGCUCUUCCUGCGCCACCUUCUCUACAAGGGCCAGAUCAUGUUGCAUCGACGGUUCUUGGAGAUACAUGUGGCAGCCACGGCGUCGGCAACAGCGACUGGUACUGGUGCUGGUGCUGGUGCUGGCGCUUGCGAGAACGUCAGCGAACAAGACAGCAGAGAAGUGCCCUUCGCGUACUCGCGCACCGCCUGUAUCGACGCAUCACUGGGGACGUUGCAUAUCCAGCACGUGCUCGACGAGGAGACCUGCCCGGGCGGCCAGCUCCACGAGAUGCGGUGGCGCAUCACCUCCAGCAUGAACCACCUUUUUCUGACGGCGACGAUGAUCCUCUGCUCGCUGCUGCACCGAGAGCAACCGCUCGGCGAGCGCACGGAAGACAUCCUGGCGGCCCUGCGCCGGGCCCGCACCAUCUGGAUGCGACGCAGUACCUCGUCCCGGGAGGCUAAGCGCGCGACGGAGAUCGUCAGUCUCACGCUGGCGCGCGCGGGUGACGGGAACUGCAGUGCGACGAACACGGAGGUGGAUGGCGAGGUGAUGGUGGUGACGCAGGGCAUGUCGACGGUCACUAGCAGCGACUUUACGACGGGGCUGGGGAUGACCACCUGGUCCCAUUCCAUGGAUUUGAAUGAAGCCGACCGACGGGUGAUGCCGUCAAUGCUGGGGCUGUUUCCUCUCCCACAAUACGCAGGGAUGAAUUAUUCCUUCCCCAUGAUGGGUGAUUGGUUACAGAUGCAAUGGCUAGGUUCGCAGGAGGCGGAUCCGUUCUUCCCUGGAUGAUUUAUGUCGUCAGGAUUUAAUGCUUACUACUGGGUAUAACAGCAUAUUGAGGAUUCCUGUCAUCGCCAUAAGAUCGGCAAGCGUGAUAAGAGUAUUUGACGAGCUUAUCGAAACCUCAUCGUUUUCGAGAAAAUGGAGAUCAGAGUCCGACAUUCUUCAGUGUUGUAAGCACCAGGAAC